GCGCAGAGUUCUCGCGCUCUCCAACGGUCACCGGGCUGCGUAACGGCGGCACGCGCUUCGCAUUACUUCACAUCUUUCGUUUUGAAUGGAAAAAAAAAAAAAAAGAAAUAAACAACAUUGAGCGAAACCGCGCACACACACACACACACACACACACACACACACACACACAUACACUCUCUUUUACUUUUCUCAUUUCCGGUCCGGUUUGAGAUCAGACGGAGACAGAGAGACAGAAAGGAAAGCGCAGGCUACUGCUAGAGCUCUGUGUUUUUGGACUAAAUAAAGGUUAAUCCUCGCUGUUUCGGGCUGAGAGUGAAGAAAGAUAAGACUCCUCUGGAUUUUCUCUCGGAUUGUUUUUAUUCUCUUUUCCCUUCCUGAGCUCUUGGUUCCCAAGGAUUUGCAGGCUUCUUUCAGGAUAUGUAACGUGACCAAGAGCAUCAGGAAAGGGAAAUUCUGAGGAGUUUUAUCAUUUCAUUCCUCUAGCCGGAGCAGCUCAGCCGAGUCAUCCUGCUUCGCCCCGGUGGGCUCAUUAAGGUUCACACCCUCUUGGGGGCAUGUGUGUUGUGAGAAGUGUGUGUGUCUGAAGGUUUAACAUCGUCAUGACCCAAACAUGACCCGAUCAGAAGUGUCUGCGCUCUGGUUCUUAACCCUGGGAUGUAAACUGCAGAAUGAACCUUUCGACCAGGUCUCAGGGGAGAAAAUGUUCCAUUGACCUUCACAGCUGCAACCUCAAGCUCUUCAACCACAGGGAAUCUGCUUGAGCUUAGAAAGGUUGUGAGAGGUGAAUAGGAGACUCGCAGCGUUUGUGCCAUCGAGGCUGCUGAAGCACACGUGCCAACCAUCACGAUGCCAACCCUGCUGCUGCUGCUGCUUGCCUCUUUACUGCUUCUCACACACGCCGAGACACCACCAAAGUUUUUAAGGAUCCCCAGCGACCAAACGGGAGUGCAAGGAGGCGUCGCAUCCUUCGUUUGCCAGGCCACGGGUGACCCACGGCCCAAAAUUGUUUGGAACAAGAAGGGGAAGAGAGUGAGCAACCAGAGAUUUGAGGUUAUAGAGUUUGACGAUGGCUCCGGUUCUGUCCUGAGAAUCCAGCCAUUGCGCACUCCACGGGAUGAAGCCAUUUAUGAAUGUGUGGCUUCCAACAGUGUUGGAGAGAUUAGCGCCACCACCCGCCUCACUGUCUUACGUGAGGACCAGCUUCCUUCUGGAUUCCCCACUAUAGACAUGGGUCCUCAGCUGAAGGUAGUGGAGCGAACACGCACUGCCACCAUGCUGUGUGCUGCAAGCGGGAACCCUGACCCCGACAUCUCCUGGUUUAAAGAUUUCCUCCCUGUUAACACCAGCAACAACAAUGGCAGAAUCAAACAGCUCCGAUCAGAGUCUUUUGGUGGUACUCCAAUACGAGGAGCACUGCAGAUCGAACAGAGCGAGGAGUCAGACCAAGGAAAGUACGAGUGUGUUGCAACUAAUAACGACGGCACCCGCUACUCGGCUCCUGCCAACUUAUAUGUCCGAGAGCUGCGAGAAGUUCGCCGGGUUCCGCCACGUUUCUCAAUCCCUCCCACGGAUAACGAGAUCAUGCCAGGGGGCAGUGUGAACAUCACCUGUGUGGCAGUGGGCUCGCCCAUGCCCUAUGUCAAAUGGAUGUUGGGCUCAGAGGACCUGACCCCGGAGGACGACAUGCCCAUAGGGCGAAACGUCCUGGAGCUCACGGACGUUCGGCAGUCAGCCAAUUACACCUGCGUAGCCAUGUCUACACUGGGUGUCAUUGAAGCAGUGGCACAGAUUACAGUUAAAGCUUUACCCAAACCACCUGGUGUUCCCGUGGUAACGGAACGCACAGCAACCAGCAUCACGCUCACAUGGGACUCUGGGAACCCGGAGCCAGUUUCAUAUUACAUCAUUCAACACAAGUCGAAGUAUUCAGAAGACUCGUAUAAAGAGAUCGAUGGUGUAGCCACCACUCGCUACAGUGUGGGUGGCCUGAGCCCAUACUCCGAUUAUGAAUUCCGUGUGGUUGCGGUAAACAACAUCGGCCGUGGACCCUCUAGCGAAGCAAUAGAGGCCAAAACUGCUGAGCAGGCACCCAGCACAGCUCCUCGCCAAGUCAGAGGUCGUAUGCUAAGCGCUACAACAGCUAUUAUUCACUGGGAAGAACCUGAGGAGGCUAACGGUCAGAUCAUGGGCUACAGGGUGUACUACACUAUGGAUCCUAGUCAACAUGUCAAUCAGUGGGAGAAACAGAUUGUCCGGAAUGCUAACUUUCUCACCAUUCAGGGCUUGACACCUAAUAAAACAUAUUAUAUCAAAGUUUUGGCAUACACCUCUGUAGGAGAUGGACCUCUCUCCUCUGACCUGCAGAUCAUAGCCAAGACUGGAGUUCCAUCUCAGCCGACAGACUUCAAAGCCGAAGCCAAAUCCGAGACGAGUAUCCUUCUGUCGUGGGUCGCUCCUCCACAGAGUGGACAGGACAGCCAAAUCACUGGAUACGAACUGCUUUACAAGAGAAAAGAUGAGAAAGAAGAGAAACGUGUGAGCUUUGAACCCACCACCACCUACCUCCUGAAGGAUCUGAGACCCUUCACCACCUACACUUUUCAACUUGCAGCCCGGAGCAGGCAUGGCACCGGUGCUUACACCAACGAGAUCUCAGCAGAAACACCACAGACACAGCCCUCAGCCCCGCCACAGGACGUCAAAUGUUUUAGUUCCAGUUCCACCAGUAUUCUGGUAAGUUGGAAGCCACCACCUAUGGAGCUCCAGAAUGGGAUCAUUACCAAGUACACCAUUCAGUACGCAGCUACAGAGGGGGAAGACACCUCAUUACAGGAGAUAAUGGAAAUUCUGCCAGAAAAGACUCGAUACAUCCUGGAAAACUUGGAAAAAUGGACGGAAUACCGUGUGACAGUUACAGCUCAUACAGAUGUUGGAGCAGGGCCGGAAAGCCUACCACAACUCAUCCGUACAGAGGAGGAUGUUCCCAGUGGCCCGCCUCGCAAAGUCGAGGUGGAGGCUGUCAACUCGUCGUCUGUUAAAGUGCUGUGGCGAUCGCCGGUGCUCAACAGACAUCACGGGCAAAUUCGUGGAUACCAGGUGCAUUAUGUCAGGAUGCUUAAUGGGGAACCAGUGGGCCAUUCUGCCAUCAAGGACAUCUUGAUUGAUGAUGCCCAGUGGGAGUAUGAUGAUUCAACUGAAUAUGAAAUGGUCCUGACAGACUUGCAGGCAGAGACCACGUAUUCAGUUACAGUGGCUGCCUACACGACCAAAGGUGAUGGAGCUCGCAGUAAGCCCAAAGUGGUCACAACCAUGGGAGCAGUCCCAGAGAAGCCUCGCCUGAUGGUCAGUCCCACUAACAUGGGCACAGCUUUGCUUCAAUGGCACCCUCCCCCAAAUACACAUGGCCCACUCCAGGGCUACCGGCUCCGAUUCGGACGCAAAGACAUUGAGCCCCUGACGGUUAUUGAGUUCCCAGAGCGGGAGAACCACUACACUACCAAAGAAAUUCACAAGGGAGCGUCCUAUAUUUUCCGCCUCUCAGCUCGCAACAAGGUGGGCUUUGGUGAGGAGACUAUUAAAGAGAUCACAACCACUGAGGACAACCCCUCUGGUUUUCCACAAGGCAUCGUGGCCGAAAGCGCCACCACGACUACCAUUCAGGUCAGCUGGCAGCCCGUGCUACUGGCCGAGCGCAAUGGCGUUAUUAUCAAAUACGCCCUUCAAUACAAAGACAUCAACAGUCCCAGGAGUCCAUCUGAGCUUUUCAUCACUGCCCCUGAGUCCACCGUAAUCCUGGAUGGUCUUAGAGCCGACACUACCUAUGAUAUCAAAAUGUGUGCCUUCACCAGCAAGGGCCCUGGGCCUUAUAGCCCUAGCAUCCAGUUCAGAACACAACCGCUAGAUCAAGCAGUGUUUGCAAAAAAUUUUCAUGUGAAAGCCGCCAUGAAGACCUCCGUGCUGCUUACCUGGGAGAUUCCGGACAACUACAAUCCCGCCCAGCCGUUUACAAUUCUCUAUGAUAAUGGCCAGAGUGUAGAAGUGGAUGGGAAACUGACCCAGAAGUUGAUCACAAAUCUUCAACCAGAGACUCAAUACUCUUUCCUCCUGACCAAUCGAGGGAACAGUGCUGGCGGUCUGCAGCAUCGCGUCUCCACCAUGACCGCCCCGGACAUCCUGCGCACCAAACCCUACUUAAUAGGCAAGACCAACUCCGACGGCAUGAUCACUGUGGAACUGCCUUCCGUUCACACCACUGAGAAAGUCAAGGGAUACUACAUUGUGGUGGUCCCUUUAAAGAAACAGCGCCCUGGAAAGUUUCUCAAACCCUCAGACAACCCAGAUGAAAUGAACCUGGAAGAGCUUCUGAGAGAGAUAAAUCGGACAAGUGGAGGUGUGCGUUUCCGAAGACAGGCCGAGCCUAAACCCUACAUCGCCGCGUUCUUCAAAGAGCUGCCUACUGAGUUCACCCUCGGAGACAACAAGAUGUAUGGAGACUUCGAGAACAAGCAGCUGCUCAACGGACAUGAAUACGUCUUCUUUGUUCUCGCCGUCCUGGAGAUUUCCGAAAAUACCAUGUACGCCACCAGUCCGUACUCUGACCCGGUGGUUUCGGCCGACAUUGACCCCCAGCCUAUCAUUGAUGAAGAAGAAGGAUUAAUCUGGGUUGUGGGGCCUGUCCUGGCUGUAGUCUUCAUCAUCUGCAUAGUCAUCGCUAUUCUGCUGUAUAAGAGCAAACCUGACAGGAAACGAGCUGAGUCAGAUGCUAGGAAAGGCAGCUUACCCAACAGUAAGGAAAUGCCGUCCCAUCAUCCCACUGAUCCAGUGGAGCUACGGCGUCUCAACUUUCAAACUCCUGGUUCCGGUGCCUCCGGUUACCCCAGUAAUCUCCAUCUGUCAAGUAUGGCGAGUCAUCCUCCGAUUCCCAUUAUGGACCUGUCUGACCACUUGGAGAGACUCAAAGCUAAUGACAACCUGAAGUUCUCACAGGAAUAUGAGUCUAUAGAUCCAGGCCAGCAGUUUACAUGGGAACACUCGAACCUGGAGGUAAACAAAGCCAAGAACCGCUAUGCCAAUGUCAUCGCCUACGACCAUUCCAGGGUGCUGCUGUCCUCUAUAGAUGCCAUUCCAGGGAGUGACUACAUCAACGCCAACUACAUCGACGGUUACAGAAAGCAGAAUGCUUACAUCGCCACACAGGGCUCUUUGCCCGAGACCUUCGGCGAUUUCUGGAGGAUGAUCUGGGAGCAGCGCAGUGCUAACAUCGUCAUGAUGACCAAGCUGGAGGAACGUUCAAGGGUCAAGUGUGACCAGUACUGGCCCAACAGGGGAUCAGAAACAUACGGCCUGAUACAGGUGACGCUGCUGGACACAGUUGAGCUGGCCACCUACUGUGUCAGGACGUUCGCACUUUAUAAAAGUGGCUGUAGUGAGAAGCGGGAGGUGAGGCAGUUCCAGUUUACGGCGUGGCCUGAUCACGGCGUUCCCGAACACCCCACACCGUUCCUGGCCUUCCUGCGCCGGGUUAAAGCCUGCAACCCUCCAGACGCCGGGCCUAUGGUGGUGCACUGCAGCGCCGGCGUGGGUCGAACCGGCUGCUUCAUCGUGAUCGACGCCAUGUUGGAGCGGAUCAAGCACGAGAAGACGGUGGACAUUUACGGCCACGUGACGCUGAUGCGAGCCCAGAGGAACUACAUGGUGCAGACGGAGGACCAAUACGUGUUCAUUCACGACGCUCUGCUGGAGGCCGUGACCUGCGGCAACACGGAGGUCCCCGCUCGCAACCUGUACGCCUACAUUCAGAAACUCACCCACAUCGAGACGGGAGAGAACGUCACGGGCAUGGAGCUGGAGUUCAAACGCUUGGCCAACACGAAGGCUCACACGUCACGCUUCAUCAGUGCCAAUCUGCCCUGCAACAAGUUCAAAAACCGGCUGGUCAACAUCAUGCCAUACGAGUCAACACGAGUAUGUCUGCAGCCCAUCAGAGGGGUGGAAGGAUCUGAUUACAUCAAUGCCAGCUUUAUCGACGGGUACCGGCAGCAGAAGGCGUACAUCGCCACGCAGGGCCCUCUGGCUGAAACCACAGAAGACUUCUGGAGGAUGCUAUGGGAGCACAACUCCACCAUCGUGGUGAUGCUCACGAAACUCCGAGAGAUGGGCAGGGAAAAAUGCCAUCAGUAUUGGCCAGCAGAACGCUCUGCUCGGUAUCAGUACUUUGUGGUGGACCCCAUGGCCGAGUACAACAUGCCUCAGUACAUCCUACGAGAGUUUAAAGUCACCGAUGCCAGGGACGGACAGUCCCGGACGGUGCGGCAGUUCCAGUUCACCGACUGGCCUGAGCAGGGCGUGCCCAAAUCAGGAGAGGGUUUCAUCGACUUCAUCGGCCAAGUGCACAAAACAAAGGAGCAGUUUGGCCAGGACGGACCAAUCACAGUGCACUGCAGUGCGGGUGUCGGAAGGACAGGAGUCUUCAUCACUCUUAGUAUUGUUCUGGAGAGAAUGAGGUAUGAGGGAGUAGUGGACAUCUUCCAGACAGUCAAGAUGCUGAGGACACAGAGACCAGCCAUGGUACAGACAGAGGAUCAAUACCAGUUCUGCUACCGUGCGGGUCUGGAGUAUCUGGGAAGCUUCGAUCACUAUGCAACGUAAGAGUCUGCUUCACCCCGAGGAGCGCCGAAGGCCGUCCAGAGGUCACUUCUUCUGAGCCAUAAAAUUCCUGCUUGUGAAAAGUACUUCUUAAAACUCCUAGUCCAAGACAUGAUUCGUUUGUUGGGUGUGGAAAAAAAAAAUCAUCAUUAAAAAAAAAAAAAUAUUCCAAAUAAAAAAAAAGCAAAACACAAACAUACGAAAUACCAGGUGGACCAAGAACCCCUUUUCCCUUCAAAGUCCAAUAACUUCCCGCUCCUGACUAGCAGACGUGUAUCCGAACUGCUGAAGCUUCACUUCGCUUCAAGGAUUCGUCUCGGAUUCAUAAACAUAAACACACACACAAAAAAAACAACAAAAAAACAGACAACAACAAGGUACUGCAUUAUAAACGAACGCGUCAUCAUGGGUCGUGUUGUAAAGAUACAAUUACGAAGAGGGACAUCUCAUCUCAUCGGCGAAGAGAAUCGAUCGGUGAAGAAAAAAAAAAAAAGAAACACACAAACGGACGUAUGUAAUAGUAAUAAUAAAACCCCAAUCUUGUCCCAAUGUUCGUCCUUCAGUUAGGGGGAGUGUACAAACACCAGACGAAUAAAGAAGUUAUUGAUUUAGUUUUUUAGUACUUUAUUACUCGACUGAGCGGUAAUUCAUUUUGAAACUAUGUGAAUUUUCUUUUCUUUUUCUUUUCUUUUUUAAACAGGUAAUCACUCAACGUUAGUCCGACCCGAGUUUUAUCUCACUCUCUUUCCAUUCAUGUUAAUUUUUUAAAGCUGUUUAAAUGUAUACACAUAUACCUGUACACCUUUUUUUUUUACACUCUUCCCUUUCUAUUACUUUUUUUUUGUCACAUAUGGCACUUGCUGUGGUCCUGUAUUAACUCUGACCCAACGCUUGACUUUGAUGCAGGGUCCUAAUUGUCCAUGGUCACAUACACAACCGUCUAACUUUCGUAUUUUUCGGGGAACCCGUGGAAUCAAAAGGGGAGGCACAGUAUGAAGUUGCUGCUACAGAAUAUCUUAGUUCUUCCAUGUUUAACAGACGAGCCUCCGAAAUUAGAAAGAGAGUAAAAUUUACAUAUAUAUAAAUAUAUAAAGAGACAAAUAGAAAUUAAACAGCUUAUAUAUAUAAAAUGUAUUAAAAUAUUUAUUAGAGAAUUAUGUAAAAAAUAUACAUAUGAUAUAUAUAUAUAUAAAUAAAUAAAAUACCAGAGAGAUAACUGCUACAUGAAAGUUUCCACAAUGAGAUUUUGUCCUUUUAUUUUAAAAGGGGAAAUGAAGAGAUCAUUCACUGGAAUGCACAUCUUUUGGUAUAAAAUAAAUCGUAUUUCAAUUCAGUGCAUCGUUUCUCGUGCAAUAAAUAGGUGUAUUAUAGAUUCUUUCGAGUUGGAUGGGAACAGGGCCCAGUGUAUGUUAUGAUGGCUGGAUGCGAGUCAAGUGUUCAGCUCCCGUAAAGAUUAAAUGGAGAACAGAUCUCGAAGCGGCAUUGCCGUCAUCAUCUCAAAUCUAUAUAGGGCAAGGUACAAAGACAUCGUAUUUUUUGGGUUUUUUGCAUUUAGAGUGCCUUAUAUUUAUGCCUGUUUUCUUUUUUUUUAUAAUCUUCAUUUUACCAUGUACUGUUUUGAGUAGUCCAGUAUUUAUCUAUGUAUCACUCAUUUUAAUUUCCAUUAUAUGAGAUUAUAUAUGCAAAUAAUGUCCAUCGGUCCUGUUUUCUUUUCUGAGGCCUUACUCCGGCUCAGUGAACGGGCGAUAAAGGUGAAUCGGGGUGUGCUACAAGUAACUAUUGUAUACUUCGCUUUUACAGCAGGAAAUCCAGACUUUUUUUUUUUAACGAUGAGCUGUUCUGAGCUGUUCUCUCGCUAAGUUGCUUCUCUAAAGACCAAACCGUCUCGGUGGAACGAUGCAACAAACUCCGCUGUUUGGAGACUCUGGAGACAUGGGUGCAGCGCACAGUGUACACUCAAAACCAAAAGGGUACUCACUGAGCCUUUUCAUUUUUUUGUUUGUUUGUUUUUUUGUUGUUGGUAAAUACAGGACAUUGUGAAAUGAUUGGGCGCUUGAUAAAUAGAAAAACAAACAAACAAAAAUUGUUGUAAACGGUAAGAGAUUUUAGCCUUACGUGAGUUUUUUUUCCUGUGAGAUGGCAUGGUCAUUGAAUGAGCUAGCUUCGUUAAUAUCGACAAUCUUCUAACGUACUAAGCGAUGGACCUGCGACGAUCAUUUAUUGUGUAUCAUCACAAAAAAUAAAAUAAAAAAUUAUAAAAAAAAAAAAAAAAAAGAAGAACAGAAGUGAUAUUGGGACUUUUUGCUGAUUUUUGUUGUUAGUGUAUUGCUGGGCUUGUGGAUGUGCAUUCCAGGUGCUUUCUUUCCCUAGUCUCAUUUCAGACAGAUCUCUUUGUUGUUGUUUUUUUUCUUUUCACAUUGUUGUGACAACCGCCAAACUGCAAAGUGCUAUUAUUUAGCUUCACAUACUGUACAUGUCAAUGCCACCUAAUGUCAUCAUUAUGUAUUGUACCAGAAUUUCACUGAUGUCUUGUGUUCAGCAGGGUGUUUUUUUGUUUUUGUUUUUCUUUUCUUUUCCAUACUUAACCUUAUUUCAAUAUGCAUGGGAAGCUUUGCAGAGGGCCAAUGGAGGCCUGGUAGGAAGAAUUGCACUUUCUCUAUCUUUGUACUAUGCACUGCCCUAUUGAUUCUAUACCCAAUAAUGUAUUACUUGAAAGCAUCUGUAAGAAUUCUCCUUCAGCGUUCAUGUUGUGUGUAUGUAAAUAACACAAACUAGUGGGGAGGGAUGGGGGAUAUGAGGUGUCAAAUUAAAAAAAAUACUAAAAACAAAAAAAAGUUUGUGGCAAAAAAAAAAAAAAAAAAAACCCACAUCCUUUCUGGUGCCAUGGAAUCUUCAGCAGGAGAUGUUUUGUUUUUUGUCCCUUUCAUAAGUUCAUUCAAGACCAGAGUGUCAUAUUGGAAAUCAACGUUGUGUUCUCUGCUCUUUCUUUCUCUCUCUCUCUCUCUCUCUCUCUCUCUCUCUCUCUCUCUCUCUCUAUCUAUCUCAUGUCUGGAUGCAUAGAUUGAAAUUAAUGAAUUCAAUUGUGUAAAAAAGAAAAAAAAGAAAAAAAUGGCUUGUUAAAAAGAAUCAUAAAAACUUACCUCUGAUUAGUUGUAAGUGUAAUUUUUGUUUCUUUUGUUGUUUUUUUUGUUGUUUUUGUUUUUUUUUCCCUCUCUGAAUGAAUGGAGUGCUUUUUAUUUUCUUACAUAGGUUCUAUUGGUGGCGGAAGACGUCUGUAUGACGAGCAGGUCUUUGCUGACUCAAGGUCCAUUUGUUAUAAAUGAAUUCUAUUAAAAAAAAUGUAAGUGUUAUGAA